GAAAAGAGCGUAGUCGGCAGCACUGGUGGGAAGUGUGAGAGAACCAGAAGCAUGGUAUCGAGACGAGAACAAGCCGGCACUAGGAAGUCUGUUCCAUAUUAAGCAUUCGUUUGAAACAGAGUAUAUAAAGGAAUCACAGGCGUGGUGCAGGCCCACGCCCAUUAUGGCGUUCCAUUGGUGCGACAACAAUUUGCACACGACGGUGUUCACGCCGCGCGACUUCCAAGUGGAGCUGCUGGCAGCCGCGUACGAGCGGAACACCAUCAUCUGCCUGGGACACAGGAGCUCCAAGGAGUUCAUUGCCCUGAAGCUACUCCAGGAGCUGUCCAGGCGGGGCCGCCGCCAUGGCAAGGUUAGUGUAUACCUCAGCUGUCAGGUGGGAAUCGACAAGGAGCCAGCGUCCAUUUACACGAUGCUCACGCACCUGACCGACCUGCGAGUGUGGCAGGAGCAGCCAGACAUGCAGACACCCUUUGCCCACAACUGGAUGGACUAUCAUGUGUCCAUUUUGCGGCCGGAGGGGUUUCUCUGCCUGCUAGUUUCGGGCGAGCUGCCGCUGACCAGCGUUGAGCUGAUUGUUCUGGAAGACUGCCAUGACAGCGCCGUCUAUCAGCGGAUACUGCCCAUUUUCUUGGAUCACAUAUUGCCGGCGAGGCCUGCGGACAGACCGAGAAUCUUGGGCCUGGCCGGUCCCCUGCACAGCGCUGGCUGCGAGCUGCAGCAGCUGAGCGCCAUGCUGGUGACCCUCGAGCAGAAUGUCCUCUGUCGCAUCGAGACGGCCAGCGACAUUGUCACCGUGCUGAGGUACUGCUCGAAGCCCCACGAAUACAUCGUCCAGUGUGCGCCGUUCGAGAUGGAUGAGCUGUCGCUGGUUCUGGCGGACAUACUGAACACGCACAAGUCCUUUCUGAUGGAUCAUCGAUACGAUCCCUUCGAGAUAUACGGCAUGGACCAGUUCAUGGAGGAUCUGAAAGAUAUACCCGAUCCCAAGCUGGAUCCACUGAAUGUGAUUGACUCCUUGCUGGUCGUUCUGCAUGAGAUGGGUCCCUGGUGCACGCAGCGGGCCGCCCACCAUUUCUAUCAGAGCAACGAGAAGCUGAAGGUGAAAACGCCACACGAACGGCACUACCUGCUGUACUGCCUCGUGAGCACGGCCCUCGUGCAGCUGCACUCCCUCUGCGAUCACACAUUCCAGAAGCAACUAGGAGGAGACCCACGGCAGACCAUUGAGCGGUAUUCCAGUCCCAAAGUGAAGCGCCUGCUGCAAACGCUGCGCUGCUUCAAGCCGGAGGAGGGUCAUGGCCAUGGCCAUGGACAUGGACAUGGGCAAGCCGAAGUGCUGCGCAAGAUGCGCCAUCAAGUGGAGCAGGCGGAUUUCAAUAAGCUCUCGCAUGCGCUGGAGACCAAGUGCCAGGUGGUGGAUCAACUGGAGCCGCAGGCAACGGACGCGCGCACUCUGGUGGCCAAUCUGGAGCACAUGCUGCAGCAUCCAGAGGGCAAACCCAUGCCGAGGCGCAACAGCCAUCGACCCCUGCCAUCAGCAGCAACCACGGCUCAGGUGCAGUCGUCCCCAGCGAAGGGAAAGCACAGCUCCAACCCGCACAACCGUGUCCGGAGACGUGUGUACACGCGGCGCCACAACAGGGACCAGCACGAUGGUGGGGAUACUCUGUGUGCUUUGAUCUACUGCAAUCAGAACCACACGGCACGUGUGCUGUUCGAGCUGCUGGCGGAGAUGGGCAAGCGGGAUGCCGAUUUGAAGUUCCUGCGCUGCCAGUACACCACAGAUCGGGUGGCCGAUCCCACCACAGAGCCCAAGGAGGCCGAGCUGGAGCACCGCAGGCAGGAGGAGGUGCUCAAGCGCUUUCGCAUGCACGAUUGCAAUGUUCUGAUCGGUACAUCGGUCCUCGAGGAGGGCAUCGAUGUGCCCAAGUGCAAUCUCGUUGUCCGCUGGGAUCCGCCGACCACCUACCGCAGCUACGUCCAGUGCAAAGGGCGGGCCCGGGCCGCCCCAGCCUACCAUGUCAUUCUGGUGGCCCCCAGGUAUACCAGUCCCGCGAUUGGGGUCGUGCAAUUGACGGACAAGAGUCAUCGCUUUAUCUGCGGCGCUGGAGGAGGAGCAGCCGACUCGACGGAAGUGGACAGCGAUUCCGAUGACUCGGCCAUGCCGAAUUCCCUUGGCUCCGAUCCCUAUACGUUUGGCACGGCACGUGGCACGGUAAAGAUCCUCAAUCCCGAGGUGUUUAGCAGUGUGCCGCCCAUGGCAUGCGAGAUUAAAGAGAUCCAGGACGAGACGCCAGCCAUUGCCAUGGACAGCAGCAAUUCCAGCGACGAGGCCGUGAGUCUGAACAACACCCCGCCCAGUGAGAGCCAGUCCAGUGGUGAUCCCAAGAUCCCCAGGAAGCGCUUUCAAUGUGAGGUCCCGCCCGCAGAGGGCGCUGAGGCCAAACCGGAAGCGAAUACCUCGGCCGUGGAUGGCCUGGCCAGCACCACAAAGGCAUUAGUCCAUCAGAUGGCCCAGUAUCGGGAGAUCGAACAGAUGCUGCUCUCAAAAUGUGCCAACACCGAGCCGCCCGAGCAGGAGCAGCAGGAGGCGGAACGCUUCAACAGCUGCCUGGCUGCGUACCGGCCCAAGCCGCAGCUCCUCACGGGCGCCUCUGUAGACCUGAGCACGGCCAUAGCGCUGGUCAACAAGUACUGCGCUCGAUUGCCCAGCGAUACGUUCACCAAGCUGACGGCCCUGUGGCGCUGUGCCCAGAGCGAACGCUCAGGCGUCACCCUCUAUCAGUACACACUACGCCUGCCCAUCAACUCACCGCUGAAACAUGACAUUGUGGGUCUGCCGAUGACCACGCAGACGUUGGCGCGACGUCUGGCUGCCCUGCAGGCCUGCGUGGAGCUGCAUAAGAUCGGCGAACUGGAUGAUCAACUGCAGCCCAUUGGCAAGGAGGGUUUCCGUGCCCUGGAGCCCGACUGGGAAUGCUUUGAGCUGGAGCCCGAGGACGAGCAGAUCGUGCAGCUCAGCGACGAGCCGCGACCGGGUACGACAAAGCGACGACAGUACUACUACAAGCGCAUCGCCUCCGAGUUCUGUGACUGUCGACCGGUGGCCGGGGCACCCUGCUACCUGUACUUCAUCAAGCUGACGCUUCAGUGCCCCAUACCCGAGGAGCAGAACACCCGGGGCAGGAAGAUCUAUCCGCCGGAAGAUGCCCAGCAGGGCUUCGGCAUACUCACCAUGAAGCGGAUACCCAAGCUGAGUGCCUUCUCGAUUUUCACACGGUCCGGGGAGGUGAAGGUCUCGCUGGAGCUGGCCAAGGAGCGUGUGGUGCUGACGCCCGAACAGAUUGGCUGCAUCAAUGUCUUCCUGAACUACACGUUCACCAAUGUGCUGCGCCUGCAGAAGUUCCUCAUGCUCUUCGAUCCCGAUUCCACCGAGAACUGUGUCUUCAUUGUGCCCACCCUGAAGACGGGGUCGCCGCCGGAGGGCAGCAAAAAGAUCGACUGGCAGUUCCUGGAGCUGAUCCAAGCCAAUGGUAACACCAUGCCCAAAUCGGUGCCCGACGAGGAGCGCCUGGCGCAGCCCUUCGAUGCCCAGCGGUUUCAGGAUGCCGUCGUGAUGCCCUGGUACCGCAACCAGGACCAGCCGCAGUACUUCUACGUGGCCGAGAUCUGUCCGCAUCUGUCGCCGCUGAGCUGCUUCCCCGGCGACAACUAUCGCACCUUCAAGCACUACUAUUUCGUGAAAUAUGGCCUGACCAUACAGAAUGCCGCUCAGCCCCUGCUCGACGUCGAUCACACGAGUGCGCGGCUCAACUUUCUCACGCCGCGGUAUGUCAAUCGGAAGGGCGUGGCCCUGCCCACCAGCUCCGAGGAGACGAAGCGCGCCAAGCGGGAGAAUCUCGAACAGAAACAGAUACUAGUGCCAGAGCUGUGCACCGUGCAUCCGUUUCCCGCCUCUCUGUGGCGCACGGCUGUGUGUCUGCCCUGCAUCCUGUAUCGCAUCAAUGGGCUGCUCCUGGCGGAUGACAUACGGAAGCAGGUGUCCGCAGAUCUGGGACUGGGUCGGCAGCAGAUCGACGACGAGGAGUUUGAGUGGCCCAUGCUGGACUUUGGCUGGAGUCUGUCGGAGGUGCUCAAGAAGUCGCGUGAGUCCAAGCAAAAGGAUGCCGUCGUCAAUGGCAAGGAGCAGGCGAAGGAGAAGGAAAGCGAACCGCCGCCAGUGGAAAGUGAACCCCCCUUAGUGGAGAAGUUGGCCGCCAAGAGCGCCAACGAACUGAUCAUCGAGGGGGAACAGAAGCUCCAGGAUGAGGACGAUGAUUUCAUUGAGAUUGGGACUUGGUCGAACGACAUGGCCGAUGACAUAGCCUCCUUCAACGAUGACGAGGAUGACGAAGACGAAGACGAGGAGUCCACCUAUCUGCCCGUACUGCCAGCCAAUGUAAAGUUCUGCGAUCAGCACACCCGCUAUGGGUCGCCCACCUUCUGGGACGUGAGCAACGCCGACGGGUCGCUAAAGCAGCCGAAAAACAAGGGCAACCAACAGCAGAGUUCCGCUGGCAAGGGCAAGGGGGCGGGCAAGCCCAGUUUCACCUUCUACGACUCGGACAACUCUUUGGGCUCCAGCUAUGGGGACGAUGAUCACGGGAUGCCGCUCAGCUAUUUCCAUGGCAACUAUAGCUCGGAUGAGGAUGCUGUGGCGGAUGAUAUCGAUGCGGGACGCAUUGAAUUCACAUCCAAAAACGAAGCGGAGACGAUUGAGACGGCCCAGGAUGUGGAGAAGCGACAGAAGCAGAUCUCCAUUAUUCAGGCGACGAACGCGAACGAGCGACAGUACCAGCAGACGAAGAAUCUGUUGAUUGGCUUCAAAUUCGAGGAGCAGCAGCAGCAACAGGAACAGCAGCAGGCGUCUGCAAAGCCCAGCGUGGACUACGAGCAGUCGAUCCUCAAGCUGCAGUCGGAGAUUGAGAGCUCUGGCAUGCUAGUGCCUCACGAUCAGCAGCUGGCCCUGAAGCGGGCCGAUCCUGCCGAGGCCCAUGUGACCCCCUACUCGAUGAUUGAGCUGCUGAAGCUGUUGCUGCCCUACGUCCCGGAGGACAAGCUGCUGCACAAAUUGGGCGAACGGGCAGAGCUUCAGCUGUCGGAUCUGAUUGAUCUAAAUGCGGAUUGGGUUAGCGGACACUCCGAGGAGGAGAUCUACAGCGUAUUGGGCUGUGGGGACAGCUUUGACAACUACAACGAUCAGCACAGAAUGGACCUUGGUGAGAAGCAGCUGCGAUUGCAGUAUGCUUCGAGGAAGAUCAGUGCCGCCAGCCCCGUAAAGGACGCCCUGCCAAUGAUCCUGCCCGCGGGCUUCAGCUUUGAUCUUCAGCCCGAGCUUGUGGGCCAUCCCGGACCCAGUCCCAGUGUCAUUCUGCAGGCGCUGACCAUGUCGAAUGCCAACGAUGGCAUCAAUCUGGAGCGCCUGGAGACCAUCGGUGACUCGUUCCUCAAGUAUGCCAUCACCACCUAUCUGUACAUCACGUACGAGAACGUCCACGAGGGCAAGCUGAGCCACCUGCGGUCCAAGCAGGUGGCCAACCUCAAUCUGUACCGCCUGGGCCGGCGCAAGCGGCUGGGCGAAUAUAUGAUAGCCACCAAAUUCGAGCCGCACGACAAUUGGCUGCCGCCGUGCUACUACGUGCCCAAGGAGCUGGAGAAGGCCCUGAUCGAGGCCAAGAUACCCACCCACCACUGGAAGCUGGCCGAUCUGCUGGACAUCAAGAAUCUGAGCAGCGUCCAGAUAUGCGAGAUGGUGCGCGAGAAGGCCGAGGCCCUGGGACUCCCAGGAAGCGCAGAGCAGGCAACGCCACAGGCGACAACGGUUCCCCUGGACGAAUCGAACGACAGCUGCAACGAUUUCAGCUGCUUUAUACCCUACAAUCUGGUGUCGCAGCACAGCAUACCGGACAAGUCCAUUGCCGAUUGUGUGGAGGCCCUGAUUGGGGCCUACCUCAUCGAGUGCGGACCCCGCGGAGCGCUACUCUUCAUGGCCUGGCUGGGAGUGCGUGUGCUGCCGUAUAGCCGCCAGCCGGCGCCUGCCAGCGAUUCGGAAAGGACGCCCGGCAGCACCACACCCGAUGCCAAGCAAAUGGUGACGGUAUAUGGCUCUUGGCCAACGCCACGCAGUCCCCUGCUGCACUAUGCCCCCAAUGCGGAGAGGGAGCUGGAGCAUCUGCUCAGCGGCUUCGAGGAGUUUGAGGCCAGCCUGGGAUACAGGUUCCGCGAUCGUUCCUACCUGCUGCAGGCCAUGACGCACGCCAGCUACACGCCCAAUCGGCUGACAGACUGCUACCAGCGGCUGGAAUUCCUGGGCGAUGCCGUCCUCGACUACUUGAUCACACGCCACCUGUACGAGGAUCCGCGCCAGCACUCGCCUGGGGCCCUCACCGAUCUUCGUUCCGCGUUGGUGAACAACACAAUCUUCGCCUCGCUGGCCGUGCGACACGGUUUCCACAAGUUCUUCCGUCAUCUAUCGCCUGGACUGAACGAUGUCAUCGAUCGGUUUGUGCGCAUCCAGCAGGAGAACGGCCACAGCAUCAGCGAGGAGUACUACUUGCUCUCCGAGGAGGAGUGUGACGAUGCCGAGGACGUUGAGGUCCCCAAGGCCUUGGGCGAUGUCUUCGAGUCGAUAGCUGGGGCCAUCUUUCUCGAUUCGAACAUGUCCCUGGAUGUGGUCUGGCAUGUCUACAGCAAUAUGAUGAGCCCGGAAAUCGAGCAGUUCAGCAACUCAGUGCCAAAGUCCCCCAUACGGGAACUGCUCGAACUGGAGCCGGAGACGGCCAAAUUUGGGAAGCCGGAGAAGCUGGCCGACGGACGCCGGGUGCGCGUCACCGUCGAUGUCUUCUGCAAGGGCACCUUCCGUGGCAUUGGACGCAACUACCGAAUAGCCAAGUGUACGGCAGCCAAGUGCGCACUGCGGCAGCUCAAAAAGCAGGGUCUGAUUGCCAAGAAAGACUAAACCCCCCCGCAGCCCAGGGCCAAGAAGCAGCGAUGUGUGAUGCCAGAUUAGGCUUUAAUAGAUAGGCUACUUAUAAACCGUUCAAAAACACAUAUGCAAGCAAAUUAAAGAACAUUUUUUCUAAAAAGUAAAAAGUACAAAAAAGUUAUAUGACAAAAAA